AUGGCUCACGUUACCCUAUUUGGGUCUCGAAAUAAAGGCGGCAUUUCUUUUGAUCCUGCACGCGACAUCAAGACCUUGGCAGGCCAAGUUGUCCUCAUUUCAGGUGCUGCAGCUGAUCUUAGGGGUCAAACCGCCAUCGAGCUCGCACGAUUCGGACGCCCUGCCCGUAUCUAUUGCGCGGCCGCCUUCAUCGCUAAGGAGGAACGUCUUGACACAUUGGUUCUCAAUGCGGGCAUAAUCCGAAUCAUGCCAGGCACGACAAACGAAGGUUAUGAGGAUCAUUUUGGUCUUAAUUAUUUUGGGGAUGCAUUCCUAUCAAGAUUGUUAAUGCCGAUAAUGUUACGGACAGCACAGCAAGAGGGGCCUUCUAUGGCUCCGGUUGAAGGAAUCCAGUUCGAGAAUCUUAAAACCGAGUGCACUGAGAUGUCAUAUUUGCAGCGCUACGGGCAAAGCAAAAUAGCCCGAGAGCUCACAUAUCGCUUUCCCACUUUAACAGCAGCUUCUGUACAUCCUGAGGUCAGAAAUUAUCUAUGGGCUAUAAGUAGCUCUGAAGUUGUGAGCGGCAAAUAUUACGAGCCCGUAGGAACACCAGAUAGAGAAACGAAGAUGGCUCAAAACACUGAACUUUCUAGAAAGCUAUAG